AUGAAAACAGAUAAGGCUUUAAUAGCAUCAGAUUUAUUAUUGAGUGAAUUGGAUUUAGCACCAGAUGUUUUGAUACAAAAUUGUUUAUUAGGAGAAAUCAAAAAAUGUGAUGAAUGUUCAAAAACUUUGGUCAUCUCAAAAACUUUGUUAAUGUAUCAUUUGGGCUAUAACACUUCAACAAGUUCUAAUCGAGUAUAUCACAAAUAUCAAUACCAAUGUGGUUGGAGGCAUCCGUUUAAUAAGAACCCGGAUCUUUUAACACUAUAA